AUGAGUGCAUCUACCUCGUAUACGGAAGUAGAGAACGUUGAUGGUAAUUGCGUUAUCAUUACCACGUUGACUUCUACCACUGAUGCAAUGCGAAGACAAGAACAAAUUCCACCAUUAUCUCCUACAUUAUCACAACCAGUAAUGAACGUUGAUCAUCAGUGGUUACCACCUUUUCCACCCUCGUCAGACUUAAACUCCUCAAUGCGUUCGGAUGCGGUUGACACUGCUGCAGUUAAAACGACUGAUGACUACUCUUGUCGUUAUCAUCCAGUUUAUAAAUAUGGUAUUGCAAAGACAGAACAAGAUCAAAAUAACAUUAAAAACUCAACUAAGGUACAAGCUCUAGUUCCAAUUGACACAAAUAUAUCCCUUGAAUCUUGUUCGUUAAAGCGAGCAAGAAACUUAGGGCCUCUUAUUGUGGUGAGACGCUCACGUGAAGUAUCAACUAUUGAACGUGCUACCUCACUCACUGGGGUAGAGAAACUUUCUUAUCGAAAGGAAGUGGAUGGUUUGCGCGCUAAACUUAAACAAAUGGAAGGUAUGGUAGCAGAAAUACAUCAGCGUACUGAAGAAGAAAUUGCCAAGAGAUUAAGAAGUGUUGAAGAAAAAUGGCGUGAAGAGGAACGUUCUCGUCGUCAGAGGUUUCAAGAAGCUUUGUCAAACCUUCGAGUAGAGAAUAUGGAAUUAUCUACUCGUGUACAAAAUAUGGAGGAGUCUACACGUCUUGUGGCUACUCAGGAACGUGAAAAAAUACAAAAGGAGUGGAGUACUCGUUUAUCUGAUAACGAUAAUCAAUGGAGAGAACGUUUUCGUGUUGCUCAAGAACGAUGGGAGGAGUGUGUUGAAAAUCACAUGCAGGGAGAGCAAGAUGCCCUGCAGAAGGUUCAGGAACUCGCUCACGCAGUGGAGGAACUUGAGGCAACGCUUCGUGCAAUCACCCGUGAAAAAGAAUGGGUAGAGAAGGAACGCGAUGCUCUCCUUCUGUCGCAGUCCAAAGUGCAUAACUCUGAUUUUCGUGAACAAGAGGGGAAAGAAAGAAUGAACUCUGAGGUUAAGAAUGUACUGGAAGCAGAGGUACUAACGUUACGUAGCGCAUUGAGAGAAGCGGAAAGUCGUGAGAAGGCAUUGAUGACACAGUUAGAAGUUUGUGGUACUGAGAGUGCGGCUCAGGAAUUAACGCUGGAGCGACAACUUCAACAAACGCGUCAUGAAUUAGAAGCUGAGCGCCGUCGUGGAUCAGACAUAGUAGCACUCUACAGUAGUCAAGUGGAAUCUUUACACCAGCAACUCAACGAUUCUAUGAGAAGAAACAAACAGUUAACGAAUGAACUGGCAAGAAUUCAACAAUAA